AUGAAACUGGGUUACUAGGCUUAUUAAUUAAAUAUGGCGUCUCAACUUGAGUCUGGCCUCUCGGCCAGACAGUUUCGAGCCCUAUUUAAUUAUAUGCGGCAAGGUUUUGCCUAGCUAGAGAUGGACAGCAAUAUCAGGUAAGCAAUUCUGGCAGUGUACAGAGCCUGAUCCUAGUCCGUUCUCAGGUUAGGAUUUUACCUCGAGGGAAAAGGAGGCUUGGAGUUGGAAAGGGGAAGCCCAGCAGUGCCUACAGGUAAUUCCUAGGCCAUUCGGGCAAGUCCCUAGCGAGAAACCGGGAGUUUCGCCCCGGGCUACAAGUUUUCCUUUUUGCCGAAAGUCGGCCAGAAAUUCCAUUUUUUUGGAAUUCCUAGCAGGCAACCUUCGUUACAGAGAAAGUAGCUCAUUCAUGAGCCGUCGAAGCCGGAACAUCGCGCAGGAGGCGCACGUUGGAGAUCAAAGCUAGCUGUCCCAGCAACUAGUGGGGCCCCGAGCGACGAGAGCGUGGUGGUAGUCCUGGAAGAGCAACCCCGUAGGAGAAGUUAAACGUCAUGGUUAAUAAGUUAAGUUAAGGUUACUAGGCUUAUUAACAAGUUCAAAGUGAACAACUCUAUUCUUCUAGAAGAGCCAUCAGCCCCCCUAAUGAGUACCUCUAUCCCUGGGCCUAAAGCCAAAGAACUCCUCUGCACCCAAAGUACAUUUUCCCAAGAUUUUCGCACUGUAAUCCAUAAUCAGAUAAAAUUCAUCGUAGACCUCAGCAAGUCAAUAGGAAAUUACGCAGUCGACGUCGACGGAAAUAUUAUUCUUGACACUUACUGCCACAUAGCUUCCCUUCCUCUCGGCUACAAUCAUCCAGACAUGAUUUAUGUAAUUUUCAUUCAGAACAUUCAGUCAGGAGAGUACCAAAAAUACUUAGCCCAAAGACAGUCAGCAGACCUCCCAGACAUCCACUGGCCUAGAAUGGUCAGAGAUAUUUUAUUGCCAAUUGCCCCAAAAAAUCUUAAUGAAGUCAUCGUAAACUGUGGGUGCGGGUCGAAUUCCAAUGAAGAAGCCUAUAAGAUUGCCUUUAGUUAUUAUAUGAAAAACAAGCGAGGAGGCGCUCAGCCAAGUGAAAAAGAGAUUGAGCUGGCUAUGAAUAAUCAAGGAGAGCAAUUGACAAUCCUUUCUUUUGCCAGCGCAUUCCAUGGAAGGAAUUUGGCAUCACAGUCAACUACUCAUAGCAAGCCAAUUAACAAAAUAGGACAGCCAAGAUUGGACUGGCCUAAAGCUCCUUUUCCAGAAAUUAAGCACCCUUAUCAUUUAAAUGAAAGCCACAAUAUUAGAGAAGAGAAAAGAUGUCUGGCUGAGGUAGAAAAAGUAUUUAAAGCAGCUAAAAAUCCGAUUGCAGGAGUAAUUAUUGAGCCAAUUCUGGCAGAAGGAGGCGAUAAGUCAGCAUCUCCUAACUUUUAUAUAGGUGUACAAGAAAUUGCGCAUAAAUAUGGAGCUUUGUUUAUUGUUGAUGAAGUCCAGACUGGUGGAGGACCGACCGGAAGAUUUUGGGGCCAUGAACAUUGGGGUGGAAGAGCUGAUCCUGACAUCGUCACUUUUGCAAAGAAAUUGCAGGUUUCUGGACUAUUUUAUAAGCAACAUUUAAGACCUGGACGAGCUUAUGCAUUAUACAACUCAACCAGAGGAGACCCAGUCAGAUUGCUCAAUUUAAGAAAAAUUAGAGAAGUCAUGGACAAUGAUAAUUUGUUAAGACAAACAGAACGCACUGGAAUGCUACUAAAGAACUCCCUUUCAGCUUUGUCUCAAAAGUACCCAAUUUCUAAUAUUAGAGGCUAUGGGACCUUUUUAGCUUACGAUUUCAUAUCUCCUGAAUGGGCGAAUGCAUUUGUAAAAGAAAUGCUAGAGCUUGGAGUCGCUGUUGGCACCUGUGGCACCCAUAGCAUAAGAGUAAGACCGAGUUUAAUCUUCAAGCCAAAGCACGCAGAGAUUUACUUAGACCGAGCAGAGUUUGCAAUAAACCAGAUCCUGUCUAAAGGAUUUAAGUUAGCUAAAGUUUAG